AUGUCCAACAAAAAAAAAAUCACAUGGACAGCGGAGAAGUACCAGCGUUUACUCGCUGCUACAAUCGCAGCUCACCCUGAAAUCAAAAUAAAUUAUAACCAUGUUGCGGCGAUGUUCGGAGAAGGGGCAACAUAUGAUAGCAUUGAGACCAGGUUUCGAAACGUCAAGAAAGAAGCCAAAAUUCUCCAAGCAGAAAUCGACUCGGGGAGUCGACCAGCAGUUGCGCCGCCAACCCCUAGGAAACGCAAACUCGCGAAUGGUGGUGCCCCAAGCACUCCCAGAAAAAUCGGCGGGGAAGGGAGAGCUAGGAAAAUGGCGGCUAUAGAGAAAACACCUGUAAAGCAGGAAUCAAUCCAAGAGGAGGAUUCCAUAGUUGCAUGGAGUGGUAACGGUGACUACAGCGAUUAA